GGAAGGAGGGGCGGGGCUUCGGGCGGCGGCCGGGAACUGGGGGGGAGGCGGCAACAUUGUUUCAAGUUGGACAAAUUGACAAGAGCGAGGGAGACACCGCGUUCCAUCGCGACCGGGGCCGCCUGCCGGGCCUUGUUUCCCCCCGGCCCCGACGGCCGGGCCCGCUUCCUGCAGGGUUCCCGGCUCCCGCUCCAGGGCUGGGCUGACCCGACGCUCCAGCGCUUCAUGGAGAACUUCCAAAAAGUGGAAAAGAUCGGGGAGGGCACGUACGGAGUUGUGUAUAAAGCCAAAAACAAGGUGACGGGAGAAGUGGUGGCGCUUAAAAAAAUCCGCCUGGACACUGAGACUGAGGGUGUGCCCAGUACUGCCAUCAGAGAGAUCUCUCUGCUCAAGGAGCUCAACCACCCUAACAUUGUCAAGCUGCUGGAUGUCAUUCACACAGAAAACAAGCUCUACCUGGUUUUUGAGUUUCUGCACCAAGAUCUCAAGAAAUUCAUGGAUGCCUCUGCUCUCACUGGCAUUCCUCUUCCACUCAUCAAGAGCUAUCUGUUCCAGCUGCUGCAAGGUCUAGCUUUCUGUCAUUCCCAUCGGGUCCUGCACCGAGACCUCAAACCUCAGAAUUUGCUCAUCAACGCAGAAGGGGCCAUCAAGCUGGCGGACUUCGGACUAGCCCGAGCAUUUGGAGUCCCUGUUCGUACUUAUACCCAUGAGGUGGUGACCCUGUGGUACCGAGCACCCGAAAUCCUCCUUGGCUGCAAAUACUACUCCACAGCUGUGGACAUCUGGAGCCUGGGCUGCAUCUUUGCUGAGAUGCACCUAGUGUGUACCGAGCACCAUGGUAGGUGCUGUGGGGAACACAGAAGAGAUGGAAGACACAGUCUCUGCCCGCUGUGCUCCUAUCUAGAAGUGGCUGCAUCACAAGGAGGGGGGAUGACUGCAGUGUCGACCCCACACCCCGUGACCCGCCGGGCCCUGUUCCCUGGAGAUUCUGAAAUUGACCAACUCUUCCGCAUCUUCCGUACUCUGGGAACCCCAGAUGAGGCGGUGUGGCCAGGAGUUACUUCCAUGCCUGAUUAUAAGCCGAGUUUCCCCAAGUGGGCACGCCAAGAUUUUAGCAAAGUCGUGCCUCCCCUGGACGAAGAUGGACGGAGCUUGUUAUCGCAAAUGCUGCACUACGACCCCAACAAGCGGAUUUCGGCAAAGGCAGCUCUGGCUCACCCUUUCUUCCAGGAUGUGACCAAGCCAGUACCCCACCUUCGACUCUGAUGUCUGAUGUCCUUCCCACCCUCUCCUCAGCGGGGGCCUGAGCUGGCUUGAGUCUGGGCUGUGUUCUCCAAUCUUGUCUGGCUGCCUUAACACUCACCAUUCCCUCCCAGCCAGACAACUCUGAGGAUACAGGGGAUGGAGGGGAGAAAUAGGUGAAAAUGAAAGGAAACUUCAGUAUUAGAUGCACUUAAGUCAGCCUCUGCCAACCCUGACUACCUCCUCUUAGUCAUCACCGAAGAGGGCUGGUGUUUAAAAAUAACACCAACAAAGAUUGACCCCCCUCCCCACCCACAGCCCCGAAAUUAUUUCCUGUGUUUGGGAUGAUAGAGACCCAAGUCUCCUGCAGCCACUUGCUAGCAGGGGGCUAAAUCUGGAACUUUUGAAACAAAGGGAAAGCAAACAUGGGGGGAGGGGGGUCCUGGUUUAAGGAAUUAGGUUAAAAGCCAGCUCCAGCCAGUUCAUUCUCUGCUGUUAGUGGUUCGUCUCACCUGCCAGUCUGGAGACUUUGCGUCCCCGGUGAGGUUCCAGGCAAGAUGAUUGGGCUAGGAAGGCUUGUUGUUCCUGCAAGCGAGAGGUCUCUGGGAAGUGCUGGGGCAGAGCUGUGCUCUGCCGGGGCCUUAGGAGAGUGGUGGAAGUGACAUGUUUGAUUUUUUUUUUCCUGUUAAAAGUCUUAGUUCUUCUGGACAGAGCAGGGAUUCCUGUUCCCAUGGCCGUCUGAAGGCCAUACCAUAGCAUUGGAAGUUAGGGUGUAGACAUCAUUUUGAGAGUGCUGACACUUUUUUAGGGUUGUGACUGAUGGGGGUUAUUGGGGAAAAAAUAUUUCCUUAAAAGAAGGAUAAACAAUUAUAUUUAUAUUUCAGGUUAUAGUUGUUAAAGUUUAAGUGGGAGCCGCAUUUGUGGCCAUGUGCACCUCCAGGUUUUGUUAUUCAAAUGUUUUUUAAAAAGGAGUAUUUUAACUCUUUGUAUGCUUUUGUUUCUUCUCCCACUUUUUAUCCUUUA